GAGCAGAGACAGGCGCGGAAAAAUGCAUCGUUGUGAGUCUGAAGUCUGAAGUCUGAGUCUGAACCGAAAGGCAAAGUUAAACAUGUCAGCCGCUUCUUCUUCUUAUUCUUCAAACUGUUCACGUCUCUGCCGUCUGAUCGACAACUCUCUCCAUCAAUUCACGGUUCAUCAUACAUACCACUCUCACUCCACUUCUGUUUCUUCUUUACCCAAACACAAAGACAAAGACAAACAGAUUCUGAUUGCUCUUUCUGAGGUCUUGAAACAAAUUCAGCUUUGGACUUCAAAACUCAAUGCCGACUACUCUCACAAUGUUAAGGACUUGGAAUCGGCUUCGUGCUCAGGUGGAUGUGCAUCACAUUCUGACGACGACAAUCACUGUUUGGCUAACAUUGUAGCUCACUUGAUAGUUUUGCUUACUUUGGAGAAUCAAUAUAUUCAACAUCUGGCAGGCAAUGUCCUUAGUUUCAUUUCCGAGUUUGUUGCGACAUCCAAAACCAACUGGGAUGGAUUCAUUCAUUUGGUGUGUGUUUGCUUGGAAUUGGCUAUCAAUAACACACUUUCAUAUCCUUCUGCACCAUCAAGUAGUGAAGCUGAAGAUUUUAAUUCCGAUUCAUCGAAGUUUGAUGAUGUCAUAAGACCAAGACUGACAAAUGCUAACUGGUGCACAGUGGCUGGCAUCAUCCGAGUUUUACGUAAUAUAUUGAAAUAUUUGAAGCGAGAAGACGAUGAUCAACUUCUUGAAGUGUAUUUAAAUUCUGUAGAUUCUUGUCUUUCAAAUGUGCAUUGGGAUUUAUUUGAAGAGGUUCAUGUUGGUCAGAACAGUGUCACUCAGAAGAAUUUUUGUGCGGAUGCCUUAUUUUUCAGAAACAUCAGUGGGUGUCAUGAGCCAAGCAUCAUUUUUCUUGGAAAUUUUCUUCAGCUACUUUGUUCACUGGUUGAUGAAAGUGAUUUCGUGGAAGCUGCAGGUGGUUGCAUAGAUAAGCACCCAAUUCGUUAUAAAAUCAUUAACCUUGUGCCUAAAGUUUUAUACUGGUGCCUUGGCAAGGAAGGAGAUUAUGUUGAUACAUGCAUCUCUCAGUACUUUAGACACAAGUUAUUGGUGCUAAUGAUCAGGCUUAGUUUUCAAACAUGUCUGGAAUGUUCCACUCUUGUUUCAUGGUUGCAGCUUCUUCAUACUUACUUUCAAGAGCUUUUGUGGCAACCCAUAACCCAAGCUGAGUCUUCUCUGGAUGAUUGUCUAGAAGGCUCUCCAUUUUUUAUUUGUAUUUCUGAUGGAGAAACACAUCUGCAUUCACGCCAUAUACAGAGGCAGACUAUUUUUCUUUUCUUAAAAAUCUCCUUCACUUUGAUAAGUCUGAAAGAAAACAAUGAGAAGCAAUGUCUGUGUGCAACUCCGGACUCAUGCAUAACGUAUGAGUCAAAUUCAGGCCUGGAAUGCUGCUUUAGGAAGAAGGGUUUGUUAGAGCUCCAUAAGUGGCUUCAAGGGCAUUUUCCAACUGAAACAUUUUUGGACCAUGAAAUGUAUAUGGAAAGAUGUGUAAAUUUUGCCUCAUCCUUACUCCAAUUAUUUAUGCACGAGGAUGAUAUUUUAUUUAAAAUGCUCUUGCAACUGCUUGGCAUACCUUUUUGCACAGAGCAACAGUAUCACAAAGAGAAAGGGACAUUUCAGGAUGUAAAAGAAGAUAUUCCUUUCCAUGUUUCAAAUGUUUUUAGUCCCAUAUGCCUGUUCCAUCUAUUUCUUUUGAAGUUACACUAUGAUCAUGAAGUUCUUCUUGAUUACCUUAUAUCUAAAGAUAUGGGAAUCAGUUGUGCAGAAUAUCUUUUAAGGUGCUUGCGUAUAAUAUGUGACUCAUGGAGCUUAUUUGUGGAAUUUUCAUUUAAUGGGAAAGUUAUUAAUCAAUCUUCUUGCAAGAAAAGAAAAGUUUCAUUGGAUGGCUCAAAUUUUGGGGCAGAUGUAACUCCUAUGCUUGUGAAAAACAAUGGAAUUAUCACAUCACAGGAGAAGGAAUAUAAGAGAGACCAUAGAUAUGGAAGUCAGCACUAUAUAACAAAGCCAUAUGAAGAAGCAAAAGAGUGCUUGCUUUCAUUGAGAAAUUCUGUUGAAAGUCUUCACAAGAAGAACCUCUUUCCAUAUAAUCCCAAAGUGCUUUUGAAACGUUUCACAAGAUUUCAGGAGCUCUGCUUCAAGUAAGAGAAAUAUUAUUGAGGCAUUACUUAGGAGCUUGAACCCAACAAACUUCGCAGAGCAUCAUUUAUUUCUUUGGAGUAAUGUCAGCUAGAUGGCUUAGCUGUUCCAGAUGUUUCAGAUGAAUAUGUUUACUAGUGAUGGAAAGAUAUCCAGGCAACUGGGACACAAUUGAAAAGAGAUAUCCAGGCAACUGGGACACAAUUGAAAAGAGAACUUUAAAGCUCAUCUCAAGUCUCUGUGCGAUAUUCUUGCAGACGUUCUGUUGCGUUGUUUGAUUUUACCAAUUGAAUGAAUAUUGAGCAGUGGAUGAAGAGGAGUAAGAGCCACCUGACUGCAACAGCCAGUUGAGGUAGUUUACAGUUAAAUCCUGUUAUAUAUAAUCUGUUUAGUUUUCUACGGUUUUCCUAAAAGAUGAGUAAAAGGGAAAGAAUGAAUUGUAUUGCAUCAUUGAGCAGAAAAUGUCCGCAUAUCCAAGUGGAUGCUUGCAUGAAAAGCAAGGAAUGCAGAAGCUAGAGAAAAGAAGUAGAAAGAAUGAGAGAAUAAUGUAUCUCUAACUAUUUUGUAAUCUGUACAGGUAUGAUAUAUAUGCAAGAUGUAGGCUAACUGCACUGACCAGAGAGCUCAAACUAGUAACAAAUUUGUAACUGAUGCUUACAAACUCUACAUUUAACUAAUUUAACUAAUCUUCAGUUUUCUUUACACGGUAGGACUUAUAAUACAUUCUAGGUCUAAACAGCAUGUCGUCAAUAUCAAAGGAACCAUCUAUUUAGAAGACUAAAAAGGACUUGUAGUUGUAGCAGAGAGUGCUUUACUUGAUUCGGCCUCUAGCUUAUCUUCAACAUCUGGUUUAACAAUGCUAAGACACGACUUAUACAUUCCUUGAGUAUUGUACCCACAAAUGUAGAUGUCAUGAAAAUGUUAAAAUUAAAAGUUAUUACAAAUUUUCCAACAAAAUGUUUACAAAGUUGUGUGUGGAUAAUUUAGCUCAAAAUUCAUUAUCAGAAAAACAGAG